AUGGAUAACGACCCUUCCCCCGAUUCCCGCUCGCAGUUCCCGUCGCAUACCGAACCGAGAGUAUGGCUCAUCACAGCUGGAGAUUCGCCCAUUGGCAUCUCGGUUGCUCGGCAGGUCCUGGCGCAUGGUGACUAUGCACUGCUGGGGCUAGCGCACUCGGUUAUGGAGCAUGACGAGCGCCGCCGGAAUGGGUUCAACGCUUUUCUCGCGGAGAUCGAGGAACACCGUGACGAGGGAUGGAAUCAACGGAUGAAGGCUGUUCCUUUGGAUAUCCGGAUGAUGGGCGAAUGUCAAGCAGUGGUUGCUGAGGCAGUUGCGGUGUUUGGCCGGGUGGAUAUUCUCCUAUGCUGCACGAGCCAAACUCUGGUCGGAACCGUCGAAGAGCUAUCAGCUUCGCAACAAACCCUGAAUCUCGUCCGCGACCAAUUCGAGGUCAAUUACUUCGGACCUCUGAACAUCAUCAAAGCCGCGUUGCCCCAUAUGCGACGAGAAAGCUCCGGUCAUAUAAUGAUAAUAUCUGGAAUCACGGCACACAUCGGCACGCCCGGACUGGGAAUGUACUGCGCAGCUGGUUGGGCCCUCGAAGGCUUCUGUGACAGCCUGGCAUACGAAAUCGCACCCUUCAACAUCAAACUCACCAUCUUCCAAUGCAGCAUCGAAAUUGGCAUUCUCACCAACCUAGUCACCAGCGUCCCGCCCAUAUUCCCGGCCUACUCACCGGCAAACAACCACGCGCCACUUUUCCGCGGUAUACUAAAUCGCCUCUUGCCCCGACUCCCCGAUGCUGCAUCUGAGGGCAUAUCCAUCGCAAACCAGCCAAAGAGCCAACAGGACAAUUCUCGCGUCAGCUCGAUCGAGAACGGCCCGUUCUCCGCUCCAGAGAUUGUCUCCAUGCACCCACCACUAAGUUCCGCGCACCUCGAAGUCCUGGUGUCGGAAACAGUAUACGCUAUUACUUCGAUUGGAGGCCAUGGAAACCCGCCUUCGCGGCAUAUCGUUGGGCAAGAGGGAGUUGCGAGCGUGAAAGAAAAGUUGAAGACCGUUAGCGAAGAACUAGAGGAUUUCAUUCAGGCUAGUUUCGCUGUUGAUGUGGCCGCAAACACUGAUCCUGUGCCGCCUAUGAGCGGUUUGAACGACAGGCCUUUUUGA